AUGGCCCCGUCGACGAUUUUAGUCAACGACGCGAAUGGACUGAGAAUCCCGCGCGUCGGGCUGGGAACGUGGAAAGCGCGCCCGAACGAGGUGCGCGAUGCGGUGCGCGAUGCGCUCGGGGCGGGGUACGCGCACGUCGAUUGCGCGGCGGCGUACGCGAACGAGAGCGAAGUCGGCGAGGCGCUGCGAGAGGCGUUCGAGCGCGGCGACGCGAAGAGAGAAGACGUCUUCGUGACGAGCAAACUGUGGAACGAUCGACGACGGCCGAGGGACGUUCGAGAGGCGUUGAUGACGACGCUGAACGAUUUAGGGGUGGGAUAUUUGGAUUUGUACCUGAUUCAUUGGCCGGUGGCGUGGAAACGAGGCACCGUGCUGCAGCCAGACGCGGAGGCGUCCAUCGCGGAGUGCUGGAGCGAGCUCGAACGGUGCGUCGCAGACGGGUUGGUACGACACAUUGGAGUGAGUAAUUUUAACGAAGCGCAGCUCGCCGCGUUGUGUGAUGAUCCCAGGACGAAGAUCCAGCCGGCGUGUAACCAAAUCGAGUCGCAUCCACUGUGGAGCAACGACUCGUUGGUCAAGUAUUCGCAGUCGAAAGGGUUGACUGUGACGGCGUAUUCGCCCUUGGCGCAGGGAGGGGAGUUGUUUGAGAACGAAAUUCUCGUUGGAUUGGCGAAAAAGUACGGUGUGACCCCGGCGCAGGUGGUGCUGAGGUGGAACGUGCAGCGCGACGUCGUCGUCAUUCCCAAGUCGACUUCGGCGAAGCGCAUCGCGAGCAACGCUGAUUUGUUCGGCUUCGAACUGAGCGACGAAGACAUGGAUGCGAUGAAGGUAUUAGACGUCAUGAAGAGCUGCGCGACGGCGCCAUGGAGCGAAUUCGCACCCGUUGCGUCUAGAAAUAGAUUUCUUCGCCCGCUCGGUCGCGCGAUCUCAUGGUUGCCUUUCAAGUUUAUCGCAAUGGACGUGCAACGCAUGGGUCGAAGCGGAUUCAUUUCGUUGAGGGCGCCUUGGAAGUAA